AUGAAAGCGUGCAUUGUGGUACAUUGAGAAAGCUCUACGCAAUCAACGAUGGAGAAAGAGGAAACAAUUAACAAUAGAGUAUUGCUGGUGGUUAAUUGCAGGUAUGAGGGGUGGCGAGGCUUUUACAAGGGUCUAAGUGCGAACCUGACCAGGGUGACUCCAGCCACUGUGAUCACGUUCGUGAUGUACGAAAACGUGUCUCACUAUCUGCGUGAGAGAACGAUGGAUCAACAACGAGCUUUGCCAAUUUUGAUCAAGAACAUUGAAGAGAAUACCAAAAUUUAG